CAGAGGCAGAGCAGAGGAGCAUGGGUUGUCACAACAGCAAAGUUUGUGGUCGGGUCUCCCGGAAAAAGAAAAAAAAUAAAGCACAAGGAGCUGAGAAGCACAUAAAGGACAUCAAACUUGAAGAUGGAAGUGGUACACGCUCAUCUGAGGAGAAUCUGUUGGGGACUUAUGAGUGUCAGCUAAAGAUACUACAUGUGGUUUUGGCGGCUUCAGGAGACCAGGAGAGAGACCAGCUCCUCAAGGACCAUCCUGGAGACAUCUGCACUUUAGUCCACAGCAUUAUAGAGAAGGUAAAGACCGAGAUAACCGCUGAUCUAGAUGAUCUUCAUGAAAAACAGAUGAGGAGCACCUUAGAGCAGCAUCAGAGCGCAACACAAGAGCUACAGCAAUUACACAAUGAAGAGAAGAAUGUUUUAAAUGAGUCUCAUGCAGCAGCUGAGAAUGCGCUGAAGGAUCAGAUUGAAGGGCUGACAUCAGAGCUGAAGCUGUUCAACGAGUUAAAGCGCAGAGCGGAGGAGUCCAUGCUCAAGAGAGACCUUCAGAGAAAUAUUGAGACUCAUGGCAGCCCUGGUGCGUUCUGGGAGCAGGAGCAGGAGAGUCUGUUAUUUGUCAUCGAAAUGAAGCGUGAGCGUUUACAGGACCAGGGGAACAAGCUGCUGCAGAUGGAAACACUGGUGGAGAAGAAUCUGUCGCUGGAGGAUCAGCUUCUGCAGGCUCUCCAGCAGAGCGAGGACUACAGUGUGCGGAUAGACAACUACCAAAGCCUCAUACAACAACUGUCGAAGGAGCAGAAAGAGCUGCAGGAGGCGCUAGAGAAGCAGUCUGUGCAGAACCAGAAGCUCAGCCAGGAGAAAGAGGAGCUGCUCUUUAAACUCAUACACCGCAGAGACUCAUGCUCCUCCUUCCACCUUCCUUCUGUUAUACCCACACAAGCGUCUCCCAGCUGACUGCAAGCAUCCACCCUCAUCACUGUAUCCUGCCUGGCCUCGGUGCCUUCGCAGCGGGUUUUUUUUUUUUUUAAUGCCAGUUUAUUAUGGAGUGCUGUGAACAUGCAGUGGUGAUAUGGACUUACACACUGCAUUUAUCAUUUUAACUGGCCAAACAAAUAUUUUUGUACAUUUUGUUUGAAGAGACGUUUCUUAUUAGAAAUUUUUGGUUGCUUUUUAAAAUAGCUGUGGAUCUAUGCAGUAGUAGUUACUCAUGUUAACUCUUUUUGUUAUCGUACAAGGUGUAGUAGCAGUUCUUGCCAAUUUUUGAUAUUGGUUGUAUUAUCAUUUUUAUUUCUUUCCAGGAAACAGCAGGUAUUGUUAGCAAAAAAAAAAAAAAAAAAAAAGUUAUAUUUUUGCCUUAAGACAUUGGAGCCAGAGCACUUGGAUGUGUAGCAUGAAUAUCUGGGAUCUUUUCAGAUGCACUUGCACUUUUAUCAGCGUUUUAUUUGUUGGAGAGAUAAUGGGCUUUUGGUGUUUACCAAUAUGCUUUCACCUUACACUUUGCACACCGUAUUUCCACUUUUUAAUCCUUCUGCUUUUCAGUGGUAGGUAAAGUACUGGGGUCCUAUUAGAUAAAAUUUUGUAAUUUUAGCUCAGGCAAACACAGUGUUGGCUCAAACAGCACACAUGUAUUUCAAGAAGAGACUAGCCAUCUUCUGUUUUGUCACUCUGGCAAAUCCAAACUUUAAAAUAAUAAUCUGAAAAUUCUGAACAAUGCCAGUAUGCUGCUUAAAGUUAUUGGAUAGGAAUAGUUCGCACAGAAGUUAAGAGAAAUGUAGAGAAAUUUUAGCAUUGCAUCACUUGCUCACCAGUGGAUCCUCUGCAGUGAAUGGGUGCCGUCAGAUUAAGAGUCCAAACAGCUGAUAAAAACAUCACAAUAAUCCACACCACUCCAGUCCAUCAGUUAACAUCUUGUGAAAUUAAAAUCUGUGUGUUUAAAAUAAACAAAAAUCCAUCAUUAAUGCAUUUUAACUUUAAACUUAAGAGGAAACGCUUAUGCAUUAUCAACUUAUAUUUUGGCUGAAAGCAACAGUUUAUUGUUGUGGUGUUUUUAUCAGCUGUUUGGACUCUCAUUCUGACGGCAUCCAUACACUGCAGAGGAUUCAUUGGUGAGCAAGUGAUGUAAAGCUAAAUCUGUUCUCAUGACGAAAUCUACAUAAUUUACAUCUUGGAUGACCUGAGGCCCGAGUACAUUUUCAGCAAAUUUUCAUUUUUGGGUUUCAUUUUCUUCUAAUUGCAGUUAUUUGAUUUUCCGUUUUUAAAAGCAUGAGUGGUAAAUAUGUUGCCUUUGUGCCCAUAUUUUUUAAUCUCCCCUUUUUAAGCUAUUGUGAAUUAUUGUAAAUGUUCUGCCAUAUAUGUUUACUUCUGAAUCAGUGCCUUUGGUUUAAGGUGUUUCCUGGAAAAAUCAAGCAAUAAAUGCUAUAGCAGAGGGACUGUAAGUGAAAUUCUGUACAGUUAUUCCAGAACAAAAUUGUUCAACCAAAGAGCUGCUUUGGGAAAAUCCCACACAAAUUACUCCAGAAAUGACAACAUAAGUAUCCAGCAGGGUAAUGUUUGAUUAGAGUGGUGGUCAUGGGAGAUCACAUGUUUUUCCAUUUUACAGUCUUGUUUUUACUACAGCAAAUGAAUAUUAGGCUUUCAAGAUUAAUGAAAUGAAUGCAAUUCAAACAUCCCAAAAGAUUUUGCACAGAUUUUGACCCUAGGGGGCGCAAGGAAUCUAGAUUAAAACAGGCGUGAGAAUUGUUGUUGUUGCUCUGACAAGUUUGGGUGUUUCACUUUGGCUUGUCAAUAUGAUUUGAAUAACAGCUGCAUGCAAGUCAUUCUUCAUUCAGCAAUUCUUUAAAAAUAUUGGUUUACUAUUAUGUCAGUGUGCCUGGUCCAGACUGAAGCCAUUUAAAUAGCUAAAUUAUUGUAUUAAAGUAUUGUUUUUUUAACAUUUCCCUUUGCUUUUUGGCCUAUAACUGACUUUGCCUCUCAUGUAUAAGGUCACUCACCCCACAACUUUCACUGUUGCAUGUAAUGAGACACUGAUUGGUGGGUGUCUCUCAUGACAAAUAAGAGCAUAAAGCCUGUCUGAUUGACAGACUGAGACGUUUGCCCCGUGGUGCCCCCCUAUUAGACUACACAGCACUUAACGUGGAGAAGACCACAGCUCUUUUUGCCGCUUGAGCGGAUGUUAGGUUCACUGCUUCCCUGACUGUUUGACAUGUUUGGACAAUACCUGCCUAGCCACUAAGAUAAGCACAGGUCAGCCCCCUGUCGUGAUGUCAGGAGGUUCCCAGAGCAUUUAACAGCCACCUGGAGAAUCUCAAGUGUUUUCAGCCCAAGUCAACAUCCGACUCAAGUCAGGGUGUCAAUAAAACAACUUUUUCCAUUCAAUCAUUGUAAAGCAACUCUAGUAAGCAUUUUUAUAUAUUUGCAGCAAAAUGACUUGGGUAGCCUAUUUAUUUUAAUAAUGCUA